UAGAGAAAGAAUGACAUGGUCCUGUGGGAACAGAUGCAAGGUUCAGGCCACAUUCACCUCCUGAGAGCUGUGGGGACAAAGUAAUACUUAAUGUAUAGCGGUGCAUCUCUGUCUUUAAUUAAACUUGUCUAGAGACCUCUUCUAGGAUUUUACGAAUUAUUCUUCAGGAUGGCAAAUAGAGCCUUGGAUCAAGCUCUGCCAGUUUUAAUUAGAAAUGUCUACCCCAAAGAGACAAAAACAGAUUGCUUGAGCGAAAGUAUGUCAGAAGCUUCUUCCCAUGACUCUUUCUAUGACUCUUUAUCAGACUUGCAUGGAGAAAGCAUUGAUGGAAAUUUUUCAGAACUCUCUGCGUUCUUAAAUCAAGACGAAAUGAACAAGAGCCUUGACAUUGCACGUGAGGCCUUCUCAAACCCUCAUGCUGUGGAUCCAACACAAGGACAUGUUUUGAAUCCUCAGGCUAAGCAACGUGAUAGGUCUUAUAAAGAAUUAAAAUUAAGUAAUUCCACGUCAGAAGGCAAUAGAAGACGGGACAAUGGACUUAAUAAAUCAGGAAGAGCCAGCAAACCAGACCCCUUAAAUGUUCGAGGAAUGAUAUCACCAUUUCUAACCACUAGUCCAAGCAUAAUUCGAGCUUUGCAAGCCCAAAAAGCCUCAAAACACCACGGUAAAAGUGGUUUCAACACACUUCCAAAAGCAAGAACAAAAACAUUUAACAAGGAUAUUAAUCCACAAAGUGAAAUGUGUCAAAAAGCUGCUAAUUUUAUUGAAGAACUCUCUGCAAUAUUUAAAGAGACAAAUAAAGCAAGAGAUAGACGAUCAAAUGGAGAUUCUUCUUCCCCAGAUAGUGGCUACCUCUCUCCGAAAAAGGAUAACAUAAAUAUCAUGAACCCCGCAGUCAAUGAAAGUCAAACAGAAAAACAAGAGGAAAAAUCAAUAGAUGUGACCACUGCAAGACGUCCUGAGGAUAAAACAGAAAAAGUAGAAUAUGAACCUAAGCAAACUGAAGAAGAGUGCAGACCUAGCCAGCCUACUAAAUCUUACUCUCCUCCUUCAGCUGCUCGAUUUGUCCAGAAACUGAAAAGUCAAGAAGUAGCUGAGGGGAGUAGAGUCAGGUUAGAAUGCAAAGUGAUAGGAAACCCCAGCCCAGAAGUAAGGUGGUUCUGUGAAGGAAGACAGCUGCAUAACUCUCCUGACAUUAUCAUCUCCUCCGAGGGUGACGGCCUUCACGUGCUUGUCAUUGCCGAAGCCUUUGAGGAGGACACAGGACGCUACACUUGUGUGGCAUCUAAUUCCCUCGGUACUGACAACUCUUCAGCCGAACUUUUUGUUGAAGGGGCCAGUUCUUCAGACUCAGAAAGUGAAGGCUUUUCUUUUAAGACAAAACAAGGAACAAUGCCGCAGGCUCAAAAGAAAACAACCUCUGUCUCACUAACCAUAGGACCAUCAUCACCAAAAUUUGGGAUAACCACAGCCAUAAUGCAGCCGAUAUCUAUUCCUGUUCAGCAGAUCCAGAGCCCUACCUCCUAUCUGUAUCGUCAUGAUGGGUCUGGUUCUUCCACGUUCUGUCCUCCUUCCUUUACUAAGGAACUUCAGAGCCUGACAACAUCUGAAGGUCAAGUUGUGGUCCUGGAGUGCAGGGUAAAGGGCACACCCCCUGUUAAGGUCAAAUGGUUUAGACAAGGAACAGAAAUCCAGGAUUCUCCUGACUUCAGGAUUCUACAAAAAAAGCCACGCUGUGCAUCUGAACCUGAGGAGAUCUGUACACUGGUGAUUGCAGAGACGUUCCCAGAAGAUGCUGGCGUGUUCAUGUGCACAGCAAGAAAUGACUAUGGCUCAGUGACCUGUAGCGCACAGCUGACAGUGCUUUCUGCAAAUAAUGAGCGGACCAGAAGUGAUGUGUCAAGUGGAGAGAUUAGUGGUUAUGAUUUCCAGAAACAUCCAUCCUAUUCUCCAACAGCAGCUAAAAGUAGUGGUCUUGAAAUGCCAUCAAAUAAAACACUGGAGUGUUUUCAGCCCAGUCAUCUAGACUCCAAGCCUAAUGUGGAAAGAAGUCAUCUGCAACUUAAUACUCUGGAGCGGAAAAGUAAUGGUGUUCACACUAAUAAUGGUGUAAAUGGUGUAAACGGGAAUCAAGAGAGCAAGUACUAUACUGUCUCCUCUCCCACCACAUUAGCUUCCCCAACCAAAGAACCACCACCAGUGCCUUCCAAGCCUAAACUGGAUUCUCAGACAUUACUGCAACUACAGAAUCAAAUACGUCAAGAAAAAGAAUCUGCUGCCUUGAAACAACAAGCAAGCCUUCAGCAAAGUACACCACCUUCACCAUCUUUCCCUCCUCCACCUUCCUUCCAGGAGCUAGAGGCCAGUCAGUUUAUCACUUCACCAGCACAAAUGAGUGUUCUGAAUUCUCACAGUUCUCCGGCAAUGCAAUCAGCAAGUUCCUUCAACUACGCUCGGCCUAAACAAUUUAUUGCUGCUCAGAACAUGAAUUCCGCUUCAGGCUUUGUCACGCCAUCUUCUGGGUCCUCUACCUCCAGCCUCCCAUCUCCAACAUCAACACCUCAAAAACUGUUUGGUAGAGCUCCAGUGCCACCAUUCUCCCAACCAUUUGCUCCAGAAGGGGAGCAGUUUUGGUCUCCAACAUCAUCAUCUCCACCACCUCCGCCACCUCCUGUGAUGAGUCCUACUGCAAAUUAUAGUAGUCAAGAUCCAUUUCCUCUUCCUCCCCCACCUCCUCCUCUUCCAGUUUCUGCCCCAUCACCAUCGUACAGUCCAUGUCUUUCUCCAGUUACAAGAGGAUCUAACUCAGGCAACAGCCCUGCAGCUUUCCUUAGUUCCAUGCUGCCAUCCCAACAAUCACCUGUCUCCUUCAAUGAACUUGGUCUUCCAAAAGGCGUAAUGCCACCGGGCUUCCCAAAGAAGACUGGCCGGACUGCCCGUAUAGCAUCUGACGAGGAGAUUCAGGGUACAAAAGAUGCAGUCAUUCAAGAUCUGGAGAGAAAGCUUCGCUUCAAAGAAGAACUGUUGAACAACGGGCAACCGAAAUUGACAUAUGAGGAGAAAAUGGCCAGACGAUUGCUAGGAGCUGACAAUGCAGCAACUGUCUUUAACCUUCAGGAGCCAGAAGAUGACUUGAAUUCCCAGGAAGUUUCCUCUGUUUCCUCUCUUGACGCUUCUGUAGAGAACCCUCUUGACUUGCAGAAGGAAUACAAAGUGUCCAGCUUUGAGCAGAGGCUUAUCAGUGAAAUAGAGUACCGUCUUGAGCGGUCUCCGGUUGAAGAAUCAGAUGAUGAAGUGGAACAUGGAGAAGACUUUGAAGAGGACAGCACUCCUCCUCACUUUGAGACAAAAUUAAGGCAUUAUAAGAUAUUUGAAGGGAUGCCGGCUACAUUCACCUGCAAGGUCACUGGCAAUCCAAAACCAAAGAUUUAUUGGUUUAAAGAUGGCAAACAAAUCUCAAAAAGAAGUGAACACUACAGGAUCCAGAGAGAACCUGAUGGGACCUGCUCCCUUCAUACUUCUGCCUCUCUCCUGGAUGAUGACGGAAACUAUACCAUCAUGGCUGCCAACCCACAGGGCAGAGUAAGCUGCACUGGGAGGCUGAUGGUACAGGCUGUGAACCAGAGAGGAAGAAGUAUUCGCACACCAACAUCACAGCCCCAUGUUAGAAGACCCCGGUCUCGGUCAAGAGAUAGCGGUGAUGAAAAUGAACCUAUCCAGGAGAGAUUUUUCCGUCCACAUUUCUUGCAAGCUCCUGGAGAUCUCAUUGUUCAAGAAGGAAAGCUUUGCAGGAUGGAUUGCAAGGUGAGUGGACUACCAACUCCUGACCUGAGCUGGCAACUGAAUGGAAGACCUGUCCGUCCAGACAACUCUCACAAAAUGUUGGUGCGGGAGAAUGGCGUGCACUCCCUGAUCAUUGAGCCAGUGACCACUAGAGAUGCAGGGAUAUAUACGUGUGUAGCCUCUAACCGCGCUGGCCAGAAUUCCUUCAGCUUGGAGCUCAUAGUGGCUGCACGGGAUGCCCACAAACCACCAGUGUUCAUAGAAAAACUUCAAAACACGGGUGUUGCUGAAGGAUACCCAGUGAGACUAGAGUGCCGGGUCUCUGCCAUGCCCCCACCACAAAUUUUCUGGAAGAAGGAAAAUGAUUCCCUGACGUACAACACAGACCGAGUCAGCAUGCAUCAAGAUACCUAUGGAUACCUCUGCCUACUAAUCCAAGGUGCCACUAAAGAGGAUGCUGGAUGGUACACAGUAUCAGCAAAGAACGAGGCUGGCAUUGUGUCUUGUACUGCCAGGCUUGAUGUACAUGCUCAGUGGCAACAAUCACACACUCCCAAAACGAGGAAAGUACGUCCAUCCGCUAGUCGAUACGCAGCACUUUGCGACCAAGGGCUGGACAUCAAAGCUGCUUUCUCGCCAGAAGCAAACCCAGUGCACCUGCAGCCUGCACUGGUGGAGAGCGAUGACCUGUAGAUGGGACAUGUGGGAACUUUCUGUAGCAGCCAUGAGAGGAAGCCAUUGGGAGCUACAGCUGUCACUUGGCAGCAGUCUCACAUCAUGUAACAAGUCAGACACGCCUUCAGCUAGCCUGAUAAAGACAUGUUAAACUGCAUAUUAACUCUAUAUGUAAGCAGUCUUCAGCAUAGGAUAGCAGGGAUGAUAAACCUUAUGUAUUUAUGCACAUAAGUAUCACUCACUCUUCUGCUCUAUGAAAGGAUCUCUUGUUUAUUCUGCUUGUUUGUGCCUUAUGUCUGAGAAGACGGUGGUGUAGGACGGUAGUGUGCAAUGUUUUAUGUUGGAGUGCCACAAACACCCACAGUAAGUUUUGCCAGUUGCAAAAGGCUGUCAAAGUGAAAUGCUAUAGUGCUUCAAGAGUGUAAAAAUGCAGCUUGCUUCUACCUGUACCAUUCAUUAACAUUGGGCGGUAAAAACAUCAUGAGGAUUCACAGAGGUGAGACAAGUGGGGACAACCGUGGACGUAACUGCCUAUGGAUUUGGACACUUCAUACCCUUUCUAUGCUUUGUUUGCACACCCUCGUGUUCAUUGUAGGACUGGGGUUCAUUAGUACAAUGCAAAGUCCCUGCUGUUAUUUACUUCACAAUACCUAUUAGUACAGUGUUUGGAUACUUUCAGGGUGGCCUGGUACAUUUUCACACACAACCAUGAGGUAAGAGAUCCUCUAAGACAAUGCCCUCUAGAAGAAUGAUGUUCAUGAAUGGUAGGGUUCUCCUGGAGAGCUGGCCUUCAGUUUACAAGGUCUUCAGUGACUUCUUGUACUCCAGUUAAUAGGUAAAGUACAUUUUAUAUUCAGAGUGAGCAAGGAGAAUAUUUGAAUGGUAUGUAAUAGAUGAAUAACGAAGGUGAAAAUGGCAAGUUCAAGUGUGUCCUCAUUCAAAGGAUGGGAGUGUGCAAGCCUAGUGUGUCCCUCAAUCUAAAACAAACAUGGAUAUCAGAAGUAUGAAAACCAAAGCUAACUGCAGGGGUUAUUUCAUAUGAGUGGGAUGGAGUGGUACAUUCAGCGCAGUGUACCAGUCAGACUAUGGGGGCUAACUUGGGGCAAAUCAUUUCAGUGAUGCCAUUGAAGUUGACCCAACAGUAGAAAAGAGGAAGACGCCCGUUUCUACAUAACCAAAGCAUAUAGCGGCACCAGCCACAGAGGGGCCAGUACAUCACAACUCUCAAAUAUAACUGCUUUCCCAAACCAGAGCAGAUUUCAAGGGCCUUUCUGGUUGUAGAGGACACACAGUGUUUAAUACGGCCUCUGAAGUAUACACCAAAUGUCAAAGCAGCAAGGGUAACUUGCCGUACAAGUUUACACUUAUUUAACAGAGAUUAAACAAGCAGCACAUAAAACAAUCUGUUGGUUAGCUACCUCUCACUAUUGACCCAGCACUGCCAAUCUAUAUGACGUACCACUUGUUGAAUGCCUGCCCUGUGUUCUCUGUUUGUGGCACAUUGUGCCAAGUUAAGGACGUGCUCCACAGGCUUACUGAUUUCCAGGCAUUUCUACGUAAAAACGUGACUAAUGUGAGAUUUCAUGCCAGCAUGCUUUCAGCAAUAUUUUUCGUGUGACUGCCUUGAUAGAAAUGAAAGGACAUAGCAAUUUCGGGACACGAUGAAGAAAAGACAUGAAUAAGCAUUUCCUGACAAGCAGCAAUUAACAUCACAGCGUGAACUGUUAAAGGACUAAAACCGAGGAAGUCCAUGAGAUCCCUGAUAACGUCAGCACCAGUGACACAAGACUUCCUAGUAAUGGGGGUUUGCAAAUGUUAUUUGUGUAGCAAUAUAUGUUGUAAAAACACCCUAAAAUCCAACUAAAAUGGCUGUUAAUAGGUAAUGGUAGGAAAGUACUUGACUAAGGGAGAAAGCAAGAACACAACACUGUGUACCAUGUAUGAAGCACAUAUAUCAUUAUUUAUCUCAGCUAUACUCCAUAUGUAUCUUUUACACACAUGUAUAACUCACACUAUGUAUUGCUGUAGGGGCGUUAGUGGCUUUUUUAUACAGAUCUUUAGGUCUUUUUGUUUUCUUCCUUUCUUUUGUGUGACAGCACAGUAUUGGUUUGGUGCUGUUUUAAUAGGCCUUACUUGAUAUACAACAUACAUAUAUGCCCAUAUUUUCCAGUGUGCCCUUUUAGUACCAACAAAUGCCUUUUACAAUAUUAUGUGUCACCACAAAGUGUUGUUAUUCUGCAAGACACCUGCACGGGGACAGAAUUUUUUUCUUCUCAUGCAUGCCACUCACCUGGUAUGCCAACACAUGCCAAUGGGAUGGCACAACUUUGCCAGCAUGGGCGACAUUGCUUUCUAGACUUUUUUUUAAGUAUCUUUUUGUUUUGUAUCACCAGCCUGACACCUCUAUUAAUGUGACUUGUUAUUUAGGAAUCACUAGUGUUAUUAUGCCGCCACCAUUUACCAGUAUUUCUAGAGAACGCCUCCAUUGGUGUGUAUGGGCCAUGUUACGAGCUGAGACAAUUGAAAGUUUAGCAACGUCUGUUUGAUAACGAGAACAAAUGUACUUUUGUGGGGUAAGGUUUUUAUGAUAAUUGCUAUGCAAGAAUUUAAAUAAAGAUUGUUUCUUCAAAUCA